AUAAAUAUAAAAAAAAUAAAAUUAAAUAGAAUAAAAUUUCUUUCUUUGAAUAUUAAAAAAAAAAUUAGACAAUGAGAGUUCAUUGUUUUGUUUUAGCAAUUGUACCAUUUUUUUUAACUACAACGUCGUUAGUUUUUGCUGAAAAGUCGGCACAGCAACACCUUGACGAGGGUAACGAAUUUCUUACGAACGGUCAAUACGAUGAUGCAUUAAAAAGCUUUGGAGCUGCAAUUAAUCAAGACCCAGAUAAAUACCUUUCUUACUAUAAACGUGCUGUAACUUAUUUAUCUUUGGGUAGAAGUGCAAAUGCUUUACAAGAUUUUACAAAAAUCUUGGAAUUAAAACCAGAUUUUGAUCAAGCUUUGUUACAACGUGCUAAAUUAUAUUUAAAGGAUGGAUCUUUAACUGAGGCGAGAAGAGAUUUACAAAAAUUUUUGAAGAAGAACGAUAAGGAUGUUGACGUUAAACAAUUGUUACAAUCAAUUGAUCAAGCUGAAAAAAUGAUAAAAACUGCUGAUGAAGCCCUUGCUAAUAAAAAAUAUGAAGAAUGCAUUGAUUCUGUAUCUAAAGCUAUAAUUACUUCACCACGUUCAUCUCGUUUAAGACUGGUGAGAGCAGAAUGUCAUUUAUCAAAAGGAGACAUGGAAGAAGGGGCCAGGGAUUUAUCGUCAGCUUCACAAUUGAAUCCAAAUGACUUAGAUCUAUUAGUUCGUCUAGUUAAUAUUAAUUACUUUACACUGUAUAAUCCUAAUCAAUCAUCAAAAUAUAUUAAACAAUGUAUAAAAAAUGAUCCAGAAAAUAAAGUAUGUAAAAACCUUAAAAGGAAAAUAAAGCAAUUUGAAGAUAAAGUAAGUAAAAUUUCAAACGACAUUGAAGGACAAAGAUUCUUAGCAUCUGUUAAAAAAUUGAUCGGUGCAAAAGAAUCUAAAGGCCUCAUUAAUGAAGUCGACGAAGAAUUAAAAACAUUAUCAGAAGGAAAUAAAAAGAGCGAAUUACUAAUGAAAUUAUAUGCUUGGGCAUGUAAAGCGUACGCUGAGACAAAAGAUAAAUCGAAAGAGGCGGUUAAAUGGUGUAGUGAGACAUUAAAAUUGGAUGAAAAUAAUGUAGAAGCGUUGAUAAAUCGUGGUGAAGUAUAUCUUGUUGAAGAGAAUUAUGAAGGUGCAAUAGAAGAUUUUAAGAAAGCGCAUGAUUUAACACAAGGACAAGAUAGUCGAGCUUCAAAAGGAUUCCAAAAAGCAAGUCGUUUACAUAAACAAUCAAAGAAAAAGGACUAUUAUAAAAUAUUAGGAGUACCAAGAAGUGCUAGUAAAAAAGAAAUCAAAAAAGCAUUUAGAAAAUUAGCUCAUGAAUGGCAUCCCGAUAAACAUAGAAAUGACAUGACAGUUGAACAAGCUGAAGCUAAAAUGGCUUCUAUAAAUGAAGCUUAUGAAGUAUUAAAUAACGAUGAAUUAAGAGCUAAAUUUGAUAAUGGAGAAGAUCCAAAUGAUCCAAAUGGUGGAGGACAACCAUUCUUUUAUUCUGAUAAUAAUCCAUUUAUGCAAUUUGCUAGAGAAGGAUUUCAUUUUGGUGGAGGUUUCCCCUUCGGAGCUUCUGAAGGUGGUGAAAGUGGUAGUCACCAAUAUUUCUUUAAGUUCCCCUAAAGAAAUUUCUUUUAUUUUAAGUCAAAUAUUUCUCGGCAUAUUUUCGUAAAGAGACAAUUGUGACAUCUCAUUUUACAAGAUUUUUAAAUAAAUUCAUUAGUGUUAAAAUUAAUAGGUUGAUUGUUCAUAUAUACACUGUAUAUAUAUAUAUGAUAAAUGUGAAAA